ACUAUUCAUAUGAGGUUUUUGCGAAAAUCUUGAUCAAUUAGACAGAGUUUUGUGAUCACGAUUAAAGGCGAUUCUUUCAUCUGACAAGAUGUCCAAGGAAGAAGCCCUAGCUCAGAAGGAAGUGCCAGGAGAAGACACAAUUUUUGGCAAAAUCCUCCGUAAGGAAAUCCCAUGCAAAUUUAUUCAUGAUGAUGAGAAGUGUGUUGCUUUCCAUGACAUCAAUCCUCAAGCUCCGGUUCAUUUCUUGGUAAUUCCUAGAAAACCGAUUGCCAAGUUGUCGGAGGCAGAUCCAGGUGACAGUGAGCUUUUAGGACACAUGAUGGUUACUGCAGCCAAGAUAGCUGGUAAUUUAGGGCUGGGCAGCAAAGGCUAUCGACUAGUGAUCAACAACGGUCGACAUGGCUGUCAGUCCGUCUACCACCUCCACAUGCAUGUCCUCGGCGGCCGACAGAUGACAUGGCCCCCUGGCUGAACAUUCCAGUUAAAUACUAUGAACAGAAUUAACAAAAAGUACAGUCUCAAUAUGGAAUAAUAUUAACAUUUUAUCAAAUAUU